UAGAAGUAAUCAUUCAGAAUGGCCAGGACUAAGCAGACUGCCCGUAAAUCUACUGGUGGCAAAGCCCCUCGCAAACAGUUGGCCACUAAGGCUGCCCGGAAGAGCGCGCCUGCCACUGGGGGAGUGAAAAAGCCCCAUCGUUAUCGCCCCGGCACUGUGGCUCUGCGAGAGAUCCGCCGCUACCAGAAAUCUACUGAGUUGCUCAUCCGCAAGUUGCCCUUCCAGCGCCUGGUCCGUGAAAUCGCCCAGGAUUUCAAGACCGACUUGCGCUUCCAGAGCUCGGCCGUUAUGGCUCUACAGGAGGCCAGCGAAGCAUAUCUGGUUGGUCUCUUCGAGGAUACCAACCUGUGUGCUAUUCAUGCCAAGAGAGUCACUAUCAUGCCUAAAGACAUCCAGUUGGCUCGGCGCAUCCGUGGGGAAAGAGCUUAA